UUCCUUCCAAACCGCUUUACAACUUAACUCUCUUGUCUGUUUGCAACUUUUCUUUGGAUAAUAAGUGUAUACUCUUGACCCUCUUUCUUUGCCCUUUGUGUCCCACAUACAGAUGCCCAAAGCUCAUACAUCCUCCAGUGACCAAUGACCCCCUAAACCAAGGGUCAUCAGCCUCUCUGAAACAGCACGUGGUCAUGGAGGACUCCACAGAGGUGCGGACUGACGGCAACUCUCUUCUGAAGGCCGUCUAUCUUUCCCGUUUGAGGCUGACAAGACUGCUGCUGGAGGGCGGGGCUUAUAUUAACGAGAGUAAUGAGCGUGGAGAGACACCGCUGAUGAUUGCCUGCAAGACCCACCACACUGAUGCUCAGAGUGUGCCCAAACCCAAGAUGGUCAGGUAUCUUUUGGAGAGUGGUGCUGACCCAAAUAUUCAGGACAAAUCUGGUAAGACCGCAUUAAUGCAUGCCUGUAUGGAGCGGGCUGGAGAGGAGGUUCUUUCCCUGCUGCUGUCUUGUGGAGCCGACCCAAGUUUGGAGGAUCAUUCUGGUUCCUCGGCUUUGGUGUACGCUGUUAAUGCUGGAGACAAAGAAGCUCUUAGAGUGUUGCUGGAUGCCUGUAAGGCCAGAGGCAAGGAGGUCAUCAUCAUCACUACAGACAAACUGCCUUCUGGGAGACAAAUGACCAAACAAUACCUGAAUGUUCCUCCACCACCAGAUCUAGAGGAUCGCUUGUAUUGCGCCCCAGCUGCCUGCAUGUCGCCCUCAGAAAUUCAGCUGUGCACUCCUCGCGCCUCCCCCUUUUCAAGCCAAUCAGAGAAUGCCCUUUUGAACCUGAUGGAGAACCAUGGGAUGGGCUCAACCUCUGGUUCAAAACCAGGGUCUCCCACACGCAACCCAAGUCCAUUGCGAUCCACUGGUGUUGCCAAGCUUCUGCAUCUCCAGCGACUCCACUCUGAACCUUGGCUGAAGAUCCCUCCAUCUCUGUUGCUUCAGCAAAGCAAGGCCUCCUCAUUCACUGAGGAGCUCUUGGAUAUCACUCCAGAAGAAGAGCUCUCGUUUGGCUUCAACAGCCAUCAGCCUUUGCCUCAUCAAAGAGCUCCACCAGUUGCUCGUCACCAAAGCAUUGACGUCAAAGAUGCCACAGGUCUACUCCAAGCCUUGGAAGAAGCUGCUGAAUCUGAAAGGGAAAUGGUGAAGGAAGCAAAAUGGCUGAGCCGGAAAAUGUCCUACGAUGGUGUCUCCCUGCCACACUCCUUCUCGCACCAGAACCUCCUCAAAGAGUCUUCAGCAACUGAACCUGUUCCCGUGGAUAAAGACGCCGACAACCUACCCAACCUUGCAGUGUCUAGCCUGCAGAAUGUGGUCCGGCGCCGCAACAUUGGCAUGGACCACUACAGCUCAGACUCUCAGCUUCCUCAGUUUGGGAGCCAGCACUCCGAUGAGCCUGGCAAGGCUGGAGCCACAGGUGGAGGCGGAACAGGGGCGACUGAGAAGCGUAAGCUGGUUUCCAGUCGAUCCUCCACCCUGUCUGGCUCCAGAGAGUCUCUAGAGACCAUCGUCCAGAGGAGAAGCCCUGCCAUGAUGGAACGCAGGGGCUCUGGGGCUCUUCUGCUGGAUCACAUCUCUCAGACUCGACCAGGCUACCUGCCGCCAUUGAAUCCUCACGCACCUAUCCCGGAUAUCAAAGUUAACCCCAACACCACUGGAUCGGCUAACGUGGUAACGAAGCCUGGUGCUGCCACUGGAGCUGGGAAUAUACCCACUGUACCAGGUUCAAGGCAUUUUGUGCCUUGUGCCCCAAGCCUUCCCCGAGAUCUGAAGGCCAAGAAGACUCUGCUUAGGAGACACUCCAUGCAAACAGAGCAGAUGAAGCGCCUGGUCAACUUUGGGGAGAUUUUUGGACAGUAAUCACUGCGAAUAACAAAUUUUAUUUAAAAAAUACUUUAUU